UUUUGUUGCAAAUCGGGGCCGUAUCUGCUGACUUUUCCACCGUCUGGGCAUGGAAGCACUGAGGUUGGCGGCUGUGCUGUUGCUGCUGGUGUGGGCAGAGUCUCUGGGCACUCUGGGAGGUCCUCUGUCCAGCCAGGGGGACGACAUGGAAGCGUGGAGCGUGGACGACUGGCAGGGCUACCCAUCAGAAACACAGCUCACUCUCCGUCUGGUUGACCUCCUCAAGCGCUCCAAAGCCCAGCAGUUCCAUGGCCUGAUGGGAAGGAGCUUAGGAACAUCUCAUCCCAUGAAUCUGGACAGGAAAAGAAAUAAAGGGGAGAUGUUCGUGGGACUCAUGGGAAGGAGGAGUUUAGAUGAAGAUGUGCAAGAGGAGUGGAACUCCUACUAGAGAAGAUACAAAGAUGUCACUUUUGUUCCAGUUCUGUGAUGUUCAGUUUGAUCCUCAGCGUCUUACUUUCUUGUCAAUCAUCAACGGGACAUUCAUAUGCCAUAAAUAUCAAUAAUGUAUUUUUAUGUC